GCCUGUGCAGGAAGAUCUGGAGUCAGUGGUGAGAGCAGAGCUCAUCAGGAGAAGCUCUGGAAAGUUUUACCUGUUUACCUGACUGGAAUUAAAAUCUUUCAAAUGGCCAGACUGAACAUGUUGCAGCUCCUGCACUUUGCCGUGUUGUGGUUCUACCUUCUCCUCCCCUCGUUGCUGUGUGACAACCUGUUCUGCUACUACAGCCCCAUCCUGGAGGUGGAGAAGCCAUUUGAGCUCAUUGUGACAGAGUGCCCUCCCGAUAAGCUGUGCUUCAAGGCCGACGGCCGCUACGGCAACCACAGCGCACUGUCGGCCAGGGGCUGCAUGGCGAAGAGGGACUGCAGCCAGGUGCACAGCAUCGACCUUAAAGGAACCGUCUACACCAUGAGCUACAGCUGCUGCGAUUCGCCGUACUGUAACUCCUGCCCGGGCGUCGCUGCCAAUUCCCUCCACAUCACUGUAACACUCAUGACUGUAGCUGUGAUGACCGGCAGCUGGUGACCAAAGACACCUGAUGCGCUAUGUUCCUUUGGGGGUUCAUGUAGAGGGGGAAGAUGUUUGAUGUUUGAAGUGAGCAUUGGUAAGACGCGUCUCUGCAGCCUCUGCAACGAGUAAUGCAAAGAGCCUGCAGCGGUGUGUGGUGAAUGCCCAGUCUGAAGACACUGAGGUGUGCACCAACCAGAGACUUCAGCAUAUUCUUUUACAUUAUCUUAGUGACAAAUCUG